UAGCCAUCGCGCAUGCGUGGACUGACUGUGUCUUCCUGAACAGAUCGCGUAGAGACACAUAACAAAGCAGUAUGGUCUUUCAACAUGCGUUAAUAUUUCAUUUUUUUAAGUGUGCACUAAUUCGUCUAUCGUGCGACAAUCCACACUUUGUCAAUUCUUUGUUUAAAGAUAAACCCGACUUUGCUCUGUGGACUUUGAAGCUUGUCAGGCUAGCUUAGCUUAGCUUAGCUUGCCAGUUAGCUUAGCUUGCUAACUGCUAAAAAAAUAGACGCGGAAGUUAUCAACAAAAUCGCUCAGCAGAGUCCAAAGUGAGUGGGAAGUGUUGGGAUUUUGUGAAAAUGUGCGAAAGAACGAUAGCAAAGUACGAAGAGGCGCUUUCUCUAACAAAGGAGGAGAACGAGCGGCAACGUCAACUGGAUGUUGUUUUCCAGAAACAUCAAGUUUUGAUGCGCAGAACAGACGUCCAGCAGCUGAUUUUUCAACAAGAAGAACCUGUCUCUCUGUUGCUAGAGGUGAACUCCCCUUUGAAGCAGGAGGAACCACAACCCUCCCGCCUUAAAGAGGAAGAGGAGGAAUUCUGGAUCUCCCAGGAGCAAGCUUGUCUUCUUGGGCAGGAGGAGGCUGAUCUCACCAAGUUUCCACUGAUUGUCGUUUCUGUUAAGACUGAAGACCAUGUAGACAAACCACCUGAGUCCUCACAGCUUCAUCACAAUCCAAGUGAGGAGAAGAGAGAGGUGGAGCCUGCAAGCAGCAGCUCAUCACAACACAUGACAACAGAAGAUGAUGGAGACCACUGUGAAAAAUCACAAGCUGAGAACCUCUUUGCUCCACUAUCUGAUAGUGACGACUCAACGUCAUACGUUAAUGUAAAUAUGGAAUCACACAUGAAAACACACACAGGGAAAAAACCUUUCAGUUGUUCCGUUUGCGGUAAGAUAUUCUCCUUAAAAUGUAAUCUGCAGAUACAUAUACAAACACACACACGAAAAAAAACUUUAAUUUGUUCAGUUUGUGCAAAAAGCUUUGUGAGGAAUUCUGAUAUGACUAAACACAUGCGGACACACAUCGGUGGAAAACAUUUAUUUAGCUCGAACUGUGGCAAAAGGUUUUCUCAGUGGAGAAGGAUGCUGUCACAUAUGAAAACACAUACAGGUGAAAAACCUUUCAGUUGUUCAGUUUGCGGUAAAAUAUUCUCUGAUAAAAGUAAUAUGCAAAGACACAUGAGAACGCAUACAGGAGAAAAACCUUUCAUUUGUUCAGUUUGCGGUAAAAUAUUCUCUGAUAAAAGUAACAUGCAAAGACACAUGAGAACACAUACAGGAGAAAAACCUUUCAGUUGUUCAGUUUGUGCUAAAGGGUUUGUUACAAACUCUGAUUUGACUCGACACAUGCGGAGCCACACCGGAGAAAAACCUUUCAUUUGCUCAAACUGUGGCAAAAAGUUUUCUCAAAGGGGAAUGAUGCUGUCACAUAUGAGAACACACACAGGAGAAAAACCUUUCAGUUGUUCAGUAUGUCGUAAAAGGUUUACUGGAAAGGGAAUGAUGCUGUCACACAUGCGGACACACACGGGAGAAAAACCUUUCAGUUGCCGAAACUGUGGCAAAAGUUUUUCUCGGAGGGGAACAAUGCUGUCACACAUGAGAACACACACAGGAGAAAAACCUUUCAGUUGUUCAGUUUGUGGUAAAAGAUACUCUGAUAAACGCAAAAUGCAAAGACACAUGAAAACACAUACAGGAGAAAAACCUUUCAUUUGUUCAGUUUGUGCCAAAGGCUUUGUUACAAACUCUAAUUUGUUUAGACACAUGCGGACACACACCGGAGAAAAACCUUUCAUUUGCCCAAACUGUGGCAAAAACUUUGCUCAAAAGGGAACAAUGCUGUCGCACAUGAGAACACACACAGGAGAAAAACCUUGCAGUUGUUCAGUGUGCGGUAAAAUAUUAUCUCACAAACGUAAUAUGCAAAGACACAUGGGGACACACACAGGGAAAAAACCUUUCAAUUGUUCAGUGUGUGGUAAAAGAUACUCUGAUAAACGCAGUAUGCAAAUACACAUGAGAACACACACAGGAGAAUAACUUCCUUUUUGGAAGUUUUCUUUGAAUGGACUCCUGCAGAGUCACUAAUGGUCUACUGCAGUUCUUCUCUAAAGUCUGGACUUUAUUCCAGAUUUGGACCAUACGUCUUUUUGGACACUGUGGGGAACCAGCCAGCCCACCUUUUUGUUAUAAAUUACAAAACACUGUCUAUCUUAUAGGUACUUGUUAAAACUAAAUAAAUGUUUGCCAAAGUACAAUGUUUUUAUUUGAGGCGAACCAAAGUUUUUUUCCCCGUAUUAUCUGAAACAAGAACACAUAUGUUUUCCUUAUUUUAUGCAUUCUAACUUUAAAAAAAAAUGUGAGUGUAUAUGUAAUGUAGUAACAGUCACAAUCAUAAUAACAUGUCAUAUUUAUCUUUUUUGGACGUUUUAAUCAUUACAGGAACAUUUUGGUGUCGCAUUAACUUCACAGAUGCAUCACAAUCUUUGCUAUUUCCUUUAACAAUAACUACUACUAAUCUUCAUGAGAGCCAACAAAGACUAUUUUGGGACAAAUGAGGAUCUACAGCAGAUCUCUGAGCAAAAUACAGCCCACUGGCCGCAAACAGCUCAUUAAGAUUUUCAAUCUGGCUCGCCGGACUUAACCAAUAUUUAUUUUUACCUUUAACAUCGAAACUGUGGUCGCCAUUAUGAUGUGCAAUGCUGUUUUCAAAAUACCGUCAGUCUUGAACUAUACAAAGUAUUUCAAGGGUUGGAAUCUGCACUUUUGCAUGAUUUACAAUCUAUUACGGUAAUACACAUCACAGGAGCUCAGACUCUGCAUCAAGCAGUGAGGGCCGGGUUUGUAUACAUUUAGUGUUUCCAGAGCGGCCAGCUUGAAUGACGGAUGUUAGGAACAGAUGCAUAAGCGGAUUUUUCCAACAAAGUUCUGCUGAAAAGUGAUAUUACAUUUGAAUGUAAGUAGGGGUUUUUUACCCUUUGCGUUCACAUUUCAGUGUAUGUUGCAUUUUUGUUGUGUUUUGCUCUAUUGUAAAAUAUGUCCAUCGAGGAGGUGGUGUGAGAAGUAAAAAAGGAGUGACGUUUGUAUGUUGUUAAUAGUCAGUGUUUUAUCCUUUAUAGUUAAUAUUGUAAAUCCCACAUUCUUUAUUUUCAUGUACAUUCCGAAUGUCUCAUUCAGUAAAAACUAUUUUUAUUCCA